AUGGCGGUGCUGAACGAGGAGCUGGUGCUGUCCAAGACCAAGUGCAAGGACCUCGAGCAUGUUCGCAACCUCAACGUGUUCGGGUCCGAUGUGGAGGACGUGAGCAUACUACAGAAAAUGCCAAGUGUGGAGGUCUUGUCGCUGUCUGCCAACAAGAUCAAGGAGCUGCGAUGGUUCGCAUGCUGCCCGAGGCUACAAGAACUGUAUCUGAGACGCAACGAGAUUGCGAACAUUGAGGAGAUUCAGCAUCUGCGAGGGCUCAAGUACCUCCAGUGCCUCAUGCUCUCUGACAAUCCCUGCGUCGGCUCAGCGCCGGACAAGUACAGGAAGACGGUCAUUGCGAUGAUUCCUCGGCUGUACAAGUUGGACGGGGUCGAGAUCACUAACGAGGAGCGGGAAGAGGCAGAAUCUGCCUUUGCAGCAUCUCCCAUGAUCCCUGCCUUGAACCUGCAGCAGAUGGGCAAGCUCGUCAAGCCUCCCAUCUACCCUUCUCAACAGGUCUCGCCCAAGAGAAUGGAGGCAGCAGGGAACGAGAGGAAGGAGGGGUCUGGGAACACAGAGCGAUCGCCUCGUCCUGCUUCGCCAUUCCAAGAUUCUCCUCGGCGCAUUCCUGCCAUGACGGGAGAGACCAGCAAGAAUGUUCUUUCCGCCGUUCAGCUGCUUAUAAGAGAGCUCAAUCUCGAUGGGUUGAUGAUGUUGAAAACCGAUAUCGACUCCAGGAUUCGACUGGCGUUUCAAGCCAAUGCUGGGUUGUGA